AACCGGGACUAACCCGGAUGAAAAUGGUCAUUCUUUGAACAAAUGGACACAGAGAGAGUUUAACAAAGAGAAAAACCUUGUACAGAGUUGUUACCUCAACGUGACUGGGAUAAGAAAAGACGUCACUUUGUUCAUCAGUAAGAUCUGGAGGAACAAGUUUGGGCUGAAGAGCAAGAAAAGCCUCUACCUGUCCAGGCUAUUGUUUCUAAUCCACUUUCUGAUGGUGCAGUGAAGACCUACAACAUGAGUGGGCCGCAGAAUAUUGAGCUUGGAGCCACAGGCGGAGCCGCGAAGCAGGACAGAACCAACAUGGAUGAGAUGAGUGUGGAACAAAUGGCUGUCAGAGCCAACCAGCUGACAGAUGAGUCUCUGGAAAGCACAAGGAGGAUGCUGCAGAUGGCGGAGGAGAGCCAACAGACAGGAAACAAAACCAUGGAGAUGCUUGACCACCAAUCAGAGCAACUGAAGAAUGUGGAGCGGGGCAUGGACCAGAUCAACCAGGACAUGAGGACGGCUGAGAAAAACCUGACGGACCUGUCCAAGUGCUGCGGCCUCUGCGUCUGCCCCUGCGACAGGGUUUCAUCCAUCGAGAAUGACUCCCGUUACAAACGUACGUGGGGCGAGGGCGAAGGUGACGGCAAAGGCUCCAACGUCGUCUCAAGGCAGCCUUCAGGCGUUCGCAACGGCCAGAGCGCCCAGACGAAGGCCGCGGCGCCGUCCGGCCCCUACAUCAACAGAGUAACUAACGACGCGCGGGAGGACGAAAUGGAGGACAACCUCCAGGCAGUCGGCGGCAUCAUCGGCAACCUGAAGGACAUGGCUCUGAAUAUGGGCAACGAGAUCGACAAGCAGAACGCUCACCUCGAUCGCAUCAACGAUAAGGCCGACAUGAAUAAACUCCGCAUCGAUGAAGCAAACGCAAGAGCCAACAAGCUCAUCAAAUAGACGAGGAAACCUGCUAGUCUCAGACGUCCACUUUGAGCCUGUUCUGCAACACACAUUAAACCCGUCUGCACACACACACACUUACUGAGAUCAAAAUGUAAAAAAAAUCCAAUUUGGAUCAUGAAGACUUUUCACCAGGGUGCCUUUGGCAGCGUCCGCCGCGCUGCCAGUAGUCACGCUGGACUGUCUGGAGCGGUGAGGGAAUCCGAAACUGAACCAAAGAGGAAGCGACUGACCGAGCGCCGCUGCUGUUCGAUACCAAAAGUCCCAACACGGCAGCACGACACUCACCACUAGUGAGCGAGCUCAGGUCAGCUGGUUUCUCUCUUCCUCAGGUUUCCGGUGUGUGUUGUGACGUGAGGUCACUUCCUCCCACCUGGAGAUCUCAGUGAAAUCUAAAAUGGAAACUCCUCAAAUUCUCAAAUCCCGGGUUUAUUAUUAUUACUGUUAGAGUUAUUGUGCAACGAAGCUCAUUGACAUGUGGUGUUGUGGUCUGAUUAUGCCUAAUUUAAUUAUCCGCCAAGCAGAAAGGAAGUGAGAAUAAAGGCGUUUUCAGCUAUUUGUUCCCAUGUUUUUGCCAUUUCAGAUCUACAGGCGAAUCCCAAGAAAUUAGACGUGGAAUAUCAUUCGAAAAGUGAAACUCUUAACGUUGUAUAGACUCAAAACACACAGUGUGGUAUAUUUCAUUAAAAAAGUCAGUGCACCUGGUAAAAGGGUUUUUUAAUACAGUAUGUUCAAGGACUGAGCAGUAUAUGAACAUAGCCAUCAAAAUUGAAAUGCAUAACUCUAUGCCUAAUAAUGAGCUUCACGUCUUGAUUUGAAUUGGAAAAAAUACAUUUUAAUCAUAUUUAAUGGAGAUUCGCCUGUAAAUCCUGUUUCAAAAACCUUAUAAAUCCAGAAUCUGCCAUUUUGGAGUGAACCAGGACAAAUCUCUUCAUGCUGGAAUUUAAAAACAAACAAAACAAAAAAAAAAGCUUCCCCAUUAAUUUCUCACAUUUUGAUCCUUCAGACUGAGGUUCUUGUAUAAAUAUAAUCAUUUCCUAUCGUAACAACUCAUACCUACCAACCCUUCAUUAAUUUAUUAGCUCUUAAAGCAAAUAUCAACACUGAAUUUGGGAAUAGAUGUCCAGGCUUAACCAUUGAAACUUCAGCUGUGUUACAUUUAUCUCUAGAUUUUUGUUUUGUUUUUUUAGGUUUUCCUCUGAUAGUCGUGUUGCUGUAAAUAUGAAAUAUUCUCUAACUGUGUAGUCAUUCUCUCAACCUGACUGCUUUUUUUUUUUUUUUUUUCCUGAUGAUGGUUUAAUAAAGAUUUAUUGCUCCCAACUGGAGACUGAACUCCUUCACAAAUCAGGUAAUGUGCAGAAAAUUCACUUCCUCAUACUCUGUAAUUGCACAAUCUGUAAACAUAUAAUAACAAAUGGUCAGUCUUCAAAUACAUUUGUAAUAUAUAUUUUCUGUAUUUUGUUUAAUGUCACUCGGGCAUUGUUUUGUUUUAGUGGUUUUCUGGGCGUCGUCUGCAGCUUUGAGAAGUUCAGAUUCAAAAGCCUUGUUUUCUUUUUUUUUAAUGGUAAUAUGUGAUCUUCCCCAUAUAAAUGACAAUUACUGUGUUGUAACAGUCAUUGUAUCGCCUGCUGCAUCCACUCGGUCCGUUUAAACACCGCAGCCGCUGUGAGCGUUAUCACAUCCGACAAUAAAACAUGAUCCCAGUUUAUUUUGGCUGAGGAAUUGCAGCAGGAUGCAGGAAGUACACAGGAUGUAAAUGAGCUGCUCCAGGUGGACUGGAUGCAUCCGGUGGGGCUCUGCCACGCUCUCACAUGGUAUACAACCCCUAACGAUGAAUAAUAGUGCGCCCUGAACUCGUCCCCCAUCAGCAUCUCCUGGCUUAUUUGUUCUGAGAAAACCGACCGUCUGCCAGCGUGGCUGCAGGCGCCCACCUGUCAGGUUUGGAAAGAUUGACAUAAACUGUCGUUCGGUGCUCUAAGUGAUCAGCCUCAGCUUGUUACCGGUGACUUGAGAUCUAAUUAUUGUGAUGCUGCCCGCCAGCAGCCUGCUCUUCGUGUCACCAACAGCUACCAGAAUGUAAAUGCGACUCGUUGGUCUGUUUUUAGUUUCAUAUUCAGCUCGACUUGACAGAAACUGGCUUGUUUUGAACUCAUUGCGGUUGUUUCACAUCUGUCUCUAUCACUUUGUUUAUAUGCAAUAAACUUUACUCUGAAGGUUGA